AUGUCUGAAUUAUUAUGUUUAGGUUAUAAAGGAAACUUGGCUGAACGAAAAGUGGCUUUGAUAUUUUCAGUUAUACUCACCGUUCCAGUUUUGUUACUUGUGUUGUUUCUGAUGCUCUGGCAGACUUACGUGUGAGUUUUUGUUCUUGCUUUUUUAUUUACAGAUAAGUUAUAUAAUACUUGUUGUAGUUAAAGUAGUAUUCCAGUUUGCGAUAGGUGUAUUACUCCGAAAGAAGAGUACGAAAGCGGAGGAAUUGUGAGGACUGACUUAUUUGAGUGCCAUAUCCGUUGGAAAAUUUCCAAUGAAAUGCUGGAUUCUUUGACAAAGCGCCCAAAUUUAAACUUAUCGCCACGCGUAUAGUUUUCACAAAUCAUACCACCCGGGAGGUGUUCAAUGAUAAAUUUUCUUGUUCACGUGGGUACAAUCUUAACUCUUUCAUUGGACAAUUUGAGGUACAAGUAUAUUAAUUUUGAGUAAUGCACUUCUCGUCAUCUGGUUGUUGAUACCCUUGCUUGCAUACUGCAUGUAUAUACAUUCAAUUAGCCUUUCUCACGCCGCCAUUUUGGGGUGGCUUUUCAGCUGAGGUCUGCGAGAUAAGUCCACAUAACAGCGACUUUUUAUAUCAAUUCAAGUUACAUAAUGUUGAGAGCACAAACAAAAUUUUAUAUUUCAGAUUAAGACUGGAGUUCAUUCUUUGCUGUAUUCUACUCGCAUUUUAUGGCCUUGAAUUUUUCAUCAGCUUGGCAACAUUCUUCGUGAUUCAGAGGUCAGGUUCUGUACUAUACCGUACCGUAAUAAUCUUACUCUGGGAUAUUAGUCUCGUUCUUUCUUUCGUACUCGCAUGCACGGAUCGAUAACUUUUUGUGUGCCUGCAUGUGAUCGAAAAAGUAUUUGAAAAUAUACCUGCAAAUAUCCACAUGAAAAAUGUGAAAUUAAAUCAUUACUAAUAUGUGGUUGGCUGAUGAUGAUGAGGCUUAGCCGUCCGCGUAUAGAUGACUCCAUGCAAUAAAAUUAACUAUGCUAUCAAUAAACUGAGAGUUUUGACUUUUUAAAUUUCCAUGCAUCAGUAACAUUAUAAACUUCAAAAGUUCAAAUAAUUGAAGCUGGUUACAUCCGGACGUCAGAUUUUUACGGACGUCAGAUUUCCGAGGGAAGACUGGAUUAAAAACUGCAUGUGUUUGUGUUAGUUUGUGGUAAUCGUCAACACAUGUGACAGAACAUAAGAUUUUAAAAGAUUUUUUGCUUUCAUACACAAGCCUCGAUCGAGUCCGGACCUCAACUCAGUCAAUAAAUAACAUGUGUAUUUUAAUUCUACCUCCGACAGUGGACCUAUGCACAUGUUUGAAAUGCCAAAAAGAAAUAUAGCUGCUGGAGCCUGAAGACCUAUAUGCUGUAUUUUUGCUAACUAUUCACUUCAAGCUAACGGGUUGCUCGCAAAUAAAAUCUUGUAGACUAUCUGUUGUAAACACUGCAUGCAUGCUUGUGUAAUUAUGCAUGUAUAUGGAGAUUAUAAACCUGUUUAUAUUUGGUCAAAAGUAUCCAAUAUACAGCUAAUUCAAUUAAGAUUGUCCUUCCAAAAGCUUAAACAUUAAACUAUGAGCGCACAAGGGAUGAUGGGUUAUUGCUUAUUUAGACUCAUAAACUUUGAAAUUUGGCUUUGCAAGAAUACCUAUAAGACAUAUAUAAGACUCACGACAGAAAACAUUAUUACUGCAAAGGCAAUUUUCUGAGUUUAAGGGAUUAAUAUGUGAAAACCCAUCAUCCCUUGCGCGCUCAGAGUUUAAGGUUUAAGGUUUUGGAAGGACAACCUUAAUUGAAUCAGCUGUAUACUAUACAUCUCUUUCAAUAUGAAUUAAUUAAAUGGUUUAUAUUUGUAUUUAUAGGCAUGAAUCGGUUUCAAGAUAGUAUACUGUAGCACCUGCGAGAACUUUACUAGCAUGGUCAAUAAGUAUGGUAACAAAUUCAGUAUCGUUUAAAUAGCGAUGAAACACAGUUCAUGCAGAAAUUAACUGUUUGCUAUGUUACCGAAAGUAAUCACCAAGCAUGCGUAACAUGAACUCGACCUUGUUCAUGGUGUUAUACUGCAAGUCACAGGUAUACCAUCGUAUGGUCACGCUUUGUUCGUGGCUUAGUCACCAUUUUGAUGUAAACUAUCAAUAUUAAGAAGUGUUAACUGGAAAUCACGUUCCUGUGUGGUGCAGAAGAAGGAUGUGUUUAAAGUCGAUGAUGAACGAAUAGUGACGGUGGUUGAAUAUUGGGCUAAAUUAAUGGGAAAUGCGUACAAUAAUUUAUGAGAUUUUGCCAUCAUAUUUAAUGAAAUACCCAGGCAUGCAAAUGUGUGCCAGUGACAUGUAUCCAACCUCAGCUCUUAAUGGUCUCCUCAAGACGACCAAUAAGUAUACAUCGCAAAAUGUUCGCCAAAUAAAUUAAACCUUGCAAUGCAUGAUGUUAUGACAAUUCAAAUUAUGUUUCCAGCUAUUACGUGAAGAAUGGUCUCGUAUAUGGUCUCAUUUCUCUUGUGUCAUGAUAGUAUGGCCAGUGUCAGUGAUGGGUACUUGGGGGAGGGAGGAGGGGAUGCUGUAAGUUUAAAGAAUCGAGAUUUGCAGGAGCAAAACGGCGGUGGUAAUAUAUUGGCAACGUGAAGUCGCCCGCCUCCCCUCCCCUCUAUAUUUCGCAAAGUGUAUAUGCCACUGCUCUUUUGGCCUUUGAUGGUACGAUUUUAUAGGUCGUAUAUAUAUAUAGUGUAAAAUAAAUAACUUAUGUCACAGUUAAUGCACAGAACAGGAGUAAUUCAAUAUUUAUUUGUAUAUUUAUUUGUCUAUAGUGCUAUAUUUAUAUACGUAUGGACUUGGUAAUUUACGCCUUUUAUUGAUUGGUAAAAAAGGAAUAAAAAUUGACCACAUGCAAUAAAC